UCGCAAUGUCUCAGCCUUAUUACAAAGGUUUUGUCUUGUGAGUGUCCGUCCCAACGCAGUUCUAGUAGUGUUUUAUUUAUCUGAGACUUUCUCUCUCUCUUCAGGCGGCCGCCGCAAUGACCGUCGGAGUGUUAGCUUUGCAAGGUUCUUUCAAUGAGCACAUCGCGGCUCUGCGGCGUCUCGGUGUCCAAAGCGUCGAGAUUAGGAAGGCUGACCAGCUUCUCUCCGUUUCUUCUCUCAUCAUUCCUGGCGGCGAGAGCACCACCAUGGCCAAACUCGCCGAGUACCAUAACUUGUUCCCGGCUCUACGUGACUUUGUUAAGACGGGGAAACCUGUUUGGGGGACAUGCGCGGGUCUUAUAUUCUUGGCAGAUAGAGCUGUUGGUCAGAAAGAGGGAGGUCAGGAGUUAGUCGGUGGCCUUGAUUGCACUGUGCAUCGGAAUUUCUUUGGCAGCCAGAUUCAAAGUUUUGAAGCUGAUAUCUCAGUACCUCAACUAACAUCUAAAGAAGGUGGACCACAGACAUACCGAGGAGUGUUCAUACGUGCUCCUGCUGUUCUCGAUGUUGGUCCUGAUGUCGAAGUCCUGGCGGAUUAUCCUGUCCCAUCAAACAAGGUCUUGUAUUCAAGCUCUACCGUACAAAUCCAAGAGGAAGAUGCUCUUCCUGAAACAAAAGUCAUUGUUGCUGUGAAGCAAGGAAACUUGUUAGCAACUGCUUUUCAUCCCGAGUUAACUGCAGACACACGAUGGCACAGUUAUUUCAUUAAGAUGACGAACGAGAUUGAACAAGAAGCUUCUUCAAGCAGUAGUAGCAUUAUUGUAUCUGUUGGAGAAACAAGCGCUGGUCCCGAGCAAGCUAAGCCUGAUCUUCCUAUAUUUCAGUAACUGAACAGAGAGAAGACCACUUACUUCUCUUGCAAUAAAAACUGUUAGAAAGUGUAAGAUUCUUUUUCUUUUAAAGAUGUUUUGGGAACAAUUGCAAGCUAGUUUGCAAUUUGUACACAAGAAAGUUUUACAUGACUCUUUAAUGGAUUCAUCUACUUGUUUCUUUCUUGUUACAACUUUGCAUACCGUUGAAUCUCAAACAGAUUUCCUGGUUCA